UGUCUAGCAUAUUUUCUUUCAUGCAAAACCUCAAAGUAUGGUGUACCAGGUCAAUUUUAGUACCGGGAAAACACUUUGCAUGCAUUUUUCAUGAUGAAAAAAGGCUCAGGACAGCAUCUGGAAAUGGAAGAGUUAAAAACAAUUUCCAAACACAAACGUUUAUAAACGCUGUUUGCCAUGUUUACAAGCAUUUGGCAUUUGAAACGCUGAUAAAAUCUACUCCUGAACGCAAGUUUGGUGUGUUAAAAAAAUUACUGUAAACUCAACUGCCGGUAAACGACUGUAAACAACAUAGUGUACAUGGACACAUAGGAAAAACAUUAG